AUAGAUGACCUUUACGAUCAUUUAGACACCAUUAAAUCGGGAAAUUACCUUUAGUUUUACUAGACAACUUCAUAUUUCUAGAAGAUGUAAAUAACAAAUUCAUGUAAUAAACGAUGUAUAUGUGACAAUAAGUAAUUCAUAGUGAAGGAAUUUUAACGGUAUUAUAGGUUAAAAUGAAUGUGGCGGAACCAUUACUAUAUCCUGGUAUUUGUAAUAACUUAAAUUAGUUCAUUGAAAAUAUUUCCCAAAGAUUAAAAAUGAAGUAUACACUAGAUGCUAUCUUUUUUCUUGUGCUUAUGAAUUUAAUUUAUGAGGCAUACGGAUGCAAAUGUGAUCUGAAAACAAAUAAGCAGAAGUUUUGUGAGCCUACUUACGUUACUCGAGGAAAAGUUACCAGCAGGAAGUUCUUGAACAGACAUCAUAUUGAGUACACAGUGGACGUCAAUUAUAACUUUAAGAUAAAGCUCGAAGAAAAAGUUAAAGUUCGCACUAAAAGAAAAUCAUCCGCAUGUGGAGUCGAUUUACAGGUUGGGGAGGAAUAUUUGAUUUCAGGACAUGUAAAGAAAAGAUCACGAUAUGAAACUAUUUAUGAAACAAAUAGCUGCUUUUGGAAUGACAAAUGGCAGAGGAUUGCAGUUGGUACGCAAAGAGCACUCUUUAAAAGAGAAUUUGACAAUUGUCAUUUUAUAACCAUGAAGCCAACUGUAGUGACUAUUUGUUGUCUUGUGUUGAUUCAUUUUAUUUCUGAUGCUUAUGGAUGCAGAUGUGUUCCUGAAACAAAGAAACAGAAAUACUGUAGAUCUACCAUAGUUUCACGUGGUUUAAUUCAAACCAAGAAUAAAGUGGGAAGAAAUCAAUUUGAAUACACAUGGUCAUUGAAUUAUAAUUUUAAGUUCAGACUAAAUGAUGAAAAGUUUCGUUCAGCGAGAAGUUCAUCGAAGUGCGGAGUAAAUUUACAAGUAGGAGUUGAAUAUUUGAUUUCAGGAGAUUUUAAGACGAGAUAUGGAACAACUUUUAUGGAGACGAAUAGUUGUAAUUGGAUUGAAAAAUGGAAUGACAUUCCACUCGCUACAGAAAUAGAUAUGACAUGGAAGAACUUUACUACUUGCUACUCGUAAAUUAUAAGUGAAAUUCAUCGAAUGUAUUAUUGCAUAU